AUGCCGCCAAAGCCAAAGGUGAGAUAUGAUUCUCGUUUGAUGGACGCUUGCCGUGCAUUGGCUGCUGAUUGGACGUCAACUGCUGACAACACACCGCCAGCCUCAUCAGCUGAUUUUGAGAAAAUGUCACCCUGUCAGAAAGUUGAAACUCUGAAUAAAGAUUCGGAAACAGUGGAAAGUUCAGUUUUGAAAAGGUCGCUGUUCAACUGGCCGGCCGCUCGACCGUCAGCCGUUCAACAGUUCGAGGGCAAUCGCAAAAACAUGCACCCAAUUACGGCUCUGAAAAACCUACGAAAUCGUUCCAGGCACCGUACUUGUUCUCACAAUGUCAGGCUAUCCAUGCACGGUCAGUUGGUACCCUGUAUGGACACACCCUCCGUGAAAUCAACCUACGAAGCUCAGGUAACAGUACCAGCUGGACUUACUUGUCUGAUGAGUGCGAUUGGCGAAGGAUCCAAGGGUGACGACGAAUUUACCACAUUCUUCUUCAAGCAACCCGUUGCCAUUCCAUCCUAUCUCAUUGCCAUCGUUGUUGGUGUGCUGGAAAAACGAGACAUAAGUGAAAGGGUUGCGGUGUGGGCGGAGCCAUCAAUGGUGGAUAAAGCGCAUUGGGAAUUUUCGGAAACAGAGGAUAUUCUCACUUGUGCCGAACAAAUCGCUGGCAAAUACAUCUGGGGAAGGUAUGAUAUGGUCUGUUUGCCGCCGUCUUUCCCCUUCGGCGGUAUGGAGAAUCCCUGCCUCACAUUUCUGACACCGACUCUCAUCCACGCCACGUAUGAUUACUUGUUUAGUGAAGAAUUGGAGGCAGAGAUAAAAUUACCUGCUCUGCCAAGGCUAAACGAGGGUUUUACGAUGUUCAUUGAGCGAAAGAUUUGUGGUCGAUUGAUCAAUGAGGACUAUCGACAAUUUAUGGCAUACAACGGCUGGACAAACAAUCUUAUACCGACUGUGCACGAGCAAUUCACGCCCACUCAUCAGUUCACCAAACUGAUCCAGGAUCACACGAAUGUCGAUCCAGACGUUGCGUUCUCGUGUGUGCCCUAUGAAAAAGGAUCCGCUCUGUUGUUCUACUUGGAACAAAAACUUGGUGGACCAGGUAAAAAAAACCCAUUUGUAGCAGAAAUUAGCCAAGGUCAAGACGAUGAGUGCCUCCAAUGUAUUGAGAAGUUUUUCGAGCCAUAUCUACGAGACUAUCUGACCACGUUCGCUCACCAAGCUAUCGACAGCUACCAAUGGAAGAAGCAUCUCCUCGAUUAUUUCCACGACAAGAGGGACAUUCUCAAUACAGUUGACUUUGAAGCAUGGUUCCAUGCAGUGGGCAUGCCACCAGAGAAACCAAACUAUGGACAAGCCAUGGUGGUGGCUUGUGAGGAACUGUUCAAGCAGUGGAUCGAAGCCAAUGAAGAUGAGGUGGAGAAGAUCAACAAUGACACCUUCAAAGCCAUGCAACCUCUACAACAAAUCGAAUUCCUCAGCCAGUUGUGGCAGCGCGAUCCUCCUCUAGAACACUGGAAACUGGUAGCGUUGGACAAAGCAUAUGGCCUGAACGAUUCAGAAAAUAGUGAAAUCGUCCUGAAGUGGAUCCGACUAUGCGUGAAAGCGAAAUGGGAGCCAAUAAUCGACAAAGCGCUCAAAUUUGUGUCUUCCUCAAGGACGUCUGAAAUUCUGUCGCCCAGUUUACAAGAGGAAAAGGGACGUUAUUUAGGAGAAAAGGGAGGCUCAUUGAAAAUCCAAUGGUCGGCGCACCAAAUUUCGUUAAACGGGGACCUCAUUGCUUGGCCAGCUGCCAGAAGUCGUGCUCGUGACCUGUACAUUCAGACGCGUUCCUCAAUGCAUCCGAUCACUGCCGAAAUGAUUGCCAAGGAUCUACACAUGCGACACAGCACACACACUGUGUGCUUCUGA